AUGAAUGAGGUUGAUCUCCAGCUCUAUGCUUUGAUGGCUGUUGUUAUGAAAGAGUUCGUCCAUUCUUGGUACUCGAAGAUCACCCCUGAUACCCUCUUCACGGAGGAAGUCGUCCAGCUUAUUGCGCAUUGCACUAGAGCAUUGGAGCAGAGACUACGACGGGUUGACGUGGAGACGCUACUGUUUGAUGAGAUCCCUUCAUUGUUAGAAGCUCAUAUCAUUGAAGAUUCAAGCCGGCGAUUGCGUGUGGUCUAUCAUACGUUGCACCCACAUCCAGCACUAUCACCGGCCCCUGGUCCUAGUGACGAGGAUGGUGCGAAACAACGAGAGGCCGAGAGAAUAUACCGUCAGCUUCUGGCCCACGGAGCUAUGGCUGUGCUUCUUCCCACAGAAGAUUUGCAGAAUGUUUGCUUACGAACAUUGGUUGGAGAUAUAUUGGCCGAUCUACUCUUGGGAGGGGUUGUCAGUGGGAAAGUUUCUGAGGGGUGGUUUAUCUGGGAUGCCAUCUCGAAAAUUCUCGCGAGCUUGAACCAAAAACCUCAAGGUGAUGGUGUGGAACACGACCACAGUGGCAAUCUAGAAAAGGGCGAUCCCGAACCUGAUCAGGAACGAUCAUCUAACUUUGGCAGUUAUUCGACUCAGAGAGGCCAAUCGGUCCUCCUAUCAACCCUUUUCAGCUUGAUGCAAUACUGCUAUAUAGCCUAUGUUGCAUCUCGGUUCGUGGCUUUGGGGUUGUUUCGUGUCUCAUCUUCACCAUCGUCAACAGCAACAACCUCAUCCCCAGCAUAUGCUAGCAAUAGCAUCAACUCUAAAGAGGCAACCCCUUCCCGAUCCAAGGGUAACAUCGUGCGAUUGCCCGUUUUGGAGUAUCGAAUCCUUAGCGUGAUUUCGCAGCUUCUUGACAUAUCAAGCCGAAUGCCAUGGCUUGGAGGGAUUCUGGCCCUUGUCCACCACCUUUUGAUGACAGGUCCGGGCAAGAUUGGAACGGCAGAUGGAAUGAUUGACAGGAUGGAUGAAGGGCUGUCUUCAUUCACCCGUGCUCCAUCCAAACAUCGAUCUUGA